AUGGCGUCGCUUAAGCCCGCGGUGGUGAUUGACAAUGGCACAGGUUACACCAAGAUGGGAUACGCUGGCAACGCAGAGCCAAGCUAUAUCAUCCCGUCCACCAUCGCAGUGGGUGGUAGUGACACAACUACUGUACGAAGCCGUCAAGGCAUCGACGAUCUAGAUUUCUACAUUGGUAAUGAAGCAAUCGACCAUGCGUCCACUCACAAGGUGAAUUAUCCUAUCGCACAAGGUAUUGUUCAGAACUGGGACAAUAUGGAGAAGCUUUGGCAGCGCUGUAUAUUUCAACACAUGCGCUGUGAGCCAGAAGAGCAUUAUAUGCUACUCACAGAACCGCCUUUAAAUCCACCUGAGAAUCGUGAGGCCACAGCAGAGAUCAUGUUUGAGACCUUUAACGUACCUGGUCUUUACAUUGCCGUCCAAGCUGUGCUAGCGCUUUACGCAUCUUGGCCGAAGAUCAAAGAUCCAUCACAACGCUCGCUGACUGGAACAGUCAUCGAUUCGGGCGAUGGUGUGACGCACGUUAUUCCUGUAGCCGAUGGCUACGUCAUUGGUAGUUGUAUCCGCCACAUUCCGUUGGCAGGACGCGAUGUUACUCACUUUAUUCAAAAGAUGUUGCGCGAUCGAGGUGAAGCUGUGCCACCAGAGGAAUCGUUAGACGUUGCGAAGCGUGUUAAAGAGGCGCACAGUUACGUCUGUUCGGACCUUGUGAAAGAAUUUAAAAAGUAUGAUGCGAAGCCCGACAAAUACUUUUUAAAGUUCUCAGAUCUACAUCCACGUACAAAACAGCCGUGGGAAAUUGAUGUUGGUUACGAGCGAUUCUUGGCCCCUGAAAUUUUCUUUAAUCCCGAGAUUUUUUCGACCGAUUUUACGACUCCAUUGCCUAAUGUGGUGGAUGAAGCCAUUUUAAAGUGCCCAAUUGACACACGACGUGGUCUAUACAAAAACAUUGUUUUGUCUGGUGGAAGUACGAUGUUUAAAGACUUUGGUCGCCGUCUUCAGCGCGAUAUUAAGCGACUUGCCGACGAUCGACAGGCUGCAAAUCUUGCACUGCAUUCAAAAUUCCAAAAAGCGCAUGCUGAAGCGCUUGAGGUGAAUGUUCUUUCGCAUCGCAUGCAACGUUUUGCUGUGUGGUUUGGUGGAAGCAUGGUGGCGUCAACUCCUGACUUUUAUCGCGUUUGCCACACCAAGGCGCAAUACGAUGAAGAAGGUCCACGCAUUGCACGUCAUAAUCCUGUUUUUAAUGCCACCAUGUAG